UUUAGACAUGGUUUUGACAAAAUUUGCUCUGGACAUGGGUUUUUGGACAAUUCUUGCUCUUUCUUUAUACGCUACAGGUGAUUCAAUCACUUUACAAAAACACUUGAAUUAUUUUGUGUCUUUUUAUCAUUUAUAUUCUUUAGCAAAACAUGCGAGAGCUUCAUUUGGAUACAGUAGACGGAUGCAGCACACCUGGCCUCGACACUUCAAAACGUGUGCAGGCAAGUUUCAAUCCCCUAUUCCAAUAUCGUCGUUCAAAUCGGUCGUUCUGCCUUUACCUGCCCUGGAGAUGAAUGGUUAUCACGAUUAUCUUUCUGGGGCAAUUGGACUGAAAAAUAAUGGUCAUUCAGUUGCACUAAGUAUCAAUAAGGAAACGUCUCGAAAACGUCUACCUUAUGUAUUUGGUGCUAUGCUGAAUACUGAUCAAGAAUAUGAAUUGGAAGGGCUACAUUUUCACUGGGGUAUGAAAAAUGAUCGUGGUUCAGAGCACGUUUUAAAUGGAGUGCGAUUUCCCAUGGAAAUGCAUAUAAUACACAGAAAUAUGAAAUACUCCAAUUUAGCUCAAGCUCUUGAGCACAAAGACGGUUUAACAGUUUUGGCUAUUUUUUUUCAGCUUCAAGAAGAACACAACGAUGAUUUGUGGCCUAUUGUUAAAAAUUUGGCAAAUAUUCGAUGGAUUGAUUCGGAAGAGAAAAUGAAUGGCUCAUUUACACUUAAAUCAUUGAUGCCGGAAGACACCGAUGUUUAUUACACAUACCGAGGAUCGUUGACAACUCCUCCCUGUAAUGAGGUUGUAACGUGGAUCGUAUUUUCGACUCCUGUGCCGAUAUCAUUUAAACAGAUGGAAAAAUUUAGAAUAAUAUCAAACGGCGAGACCAUCAUGGCCGACAAUUACAGACGCCUACAAGACGUUGGUAAUCGUAAAAUAUACGUGAGACGAUUGGGCCCAUCAUUUGCUAAUGAUGUUGAAAUGAUAAAUUUAAAUGUCACGCAGCUGGAUUGGUACUGGCGGUGAAUCAGGUCAUUCCAUUAUGUUUAUUUUUAUCGUUAUGUUAUGGAUAUUAUUAUUACCACACGAUUCAGUUUCAAUGUCAAAAACAAAUGCGGUGAGAAAUGUGAAUAACAAGUUUCGCAAAUUUCUUCAAAUGUCAAGUGUUACGUAUUUUCACAUCGUUGCGGAAAUGGUAAACCUAUAUAUACAGCAAUAGUAGAGUACCGCUCAUUUAUUUAUAUAUUUAAAAUUAUUACGGGAAAGACUCAUUUAUAAUUUCGUACGGAAGCCGUACACUGAGAUCGGGGCGAAAUACAACGAGAAGGGUGAGACGCGGAAAAAAUUAUAAAGAGUAAAAAAAGUGUAUCGACGCUUCAAGUCC